UUUGAGCAGCAGAAAGUCGUCGAUUCUCCUCCGUGUGUGUUCGUGUGUCUGUGAGCGUGAAGCCCGGAUGGCUGCCUGACUCAUCCUGUUCACAUGUGUCGCUCUCUGCCGCGAUAGAAACACAAACGGAUAUUUCCUCUACUUUUUGUGUUUUUUGUUUUUGUUUUUGUGUGUUGGUUUUUGUUGUCCUUUGACCGCGGGAGUCGCAGAGACGAGCUGAAGAUGAAAUAUAAAAACCUAAUGGCCAAAGCGUUGUACGACAAUGUGCCGGAGUCCCCCGAGGAGCUGGCCUUCCGCAAAGGGGACAUCCUGACCGUCAUCGAGCAGAACACCGGAGGCCUGGAGGGCUGGUGGCUCUGCUCCCUGCAUGGCCGCCAGGGCAUCGCACCUGGCAACCGCCUGAAACUGCUGAUCGGACCGAUGUUUGGCGCUCAGUCGCCAUCGGGCGCCACUUCCGCCACUGCCCAGUCGCCACAGGGCUAUCAGCCGAAGGCCGGCGCUGGAUCUCAGGGGAUCUACCAGGUGCCCCCAUCCCUCCAGAGUCCACAACAGCAGAGCCAGCAGGGCAUCUACCAGGUUCCUCCUGGACAAGACGUCUACCAAGUCCCACCGAGGAAUACACUAGCUGCUGACAACAGCAAGGUGGUGACCCCGACCAGAGUGGGACAGUCCUACACUUAUAGCCCCGGCCAACACAACCAGCAGGACCUCUAUGACGUCCCACCAAUGAGACCACAGGGGGUGUACGAUGUUCCUCCUGGUCAGAUGUUCGCCGGUCAGCACGCCGCUGCCAGAAACCAGGGGGUCUACGACGUCCCCCCCUCUCUACUGGACCAAAGGACACAGGGCGUCUACGACAUACCAUCCUCCUCACAAGGGGUCUACUCGGUGCCUCCCUGCAGGACCAACCCUGCGCUCCAGGAGGGAAACUAUGACUUCCCACAGCCUCUCAAACACAAGCAGGAGGGCAUCUACGACGUCCCCCCGCCCGCCCUCACCAAGCCAGCGCAGAGCCCACAGUCCCAUUAUGAUUUCCCCCCCAAUGUGGAACCUGCUGCCCACCACCAACACCAGAAUGCCAACGGCAAUGAGGGCAUCUACGACGUGCCUCCGCCUGCUCUUCUCUCAGGUGCGGGGUCUAAGGACAUAUACGACAUCCCCCGAGGCAAGCUGCCGUCCCAGCACAAGACCCCCCCCUCCGACAGAGACGGCAGCAAGGGCAUCUACGACAUGCCCGCUCAGGAAGUUCGAGCAGUUGGAGACGUGACGGACGGAGUGAACCGUCUGUCCUUCUCCAGCACCGGCAGCACACGCAGCAGCAUGUCCACGUCCUCGUCCUCCACGGGCUCCGGCUCCGAGGGCCGCCUCAUGCUGGAUGUGGACACGGGUGUCCAGAGGUUGUACCGCCUGCAGCAGGCCGUGGAGGCUUCAGUCUGGGCGUUGCACACAAUGGCAGCUUCCCCUCACUGGAGGACGUUUCCCUUCAUGGAGCGCCAUGCUAACGACGUGCGCAUAGUGCUGGACAGGAUCCGGGCGUCUCUGGGGGACUUCAUCGUGUUCGGUCGAGGGGCUGCUGCCAACGCCACGUCUCUGUCGGACUCCAGCCUGCACAGCAAGCUGAGGCGGCAGCUGGGACGGCUGGAGGACUCUCAGCAGAUCCUCCUGCAGAUCUACCAAGUCCUGGAGAACUGCAGCUGGGCCCUGAACAUGCUGGCCUCCUCUGGAAAGCACCACAACAAGAGCGACGACCUGGACCGCUUCGUCAUGGUCUCCAGGAGCGUGCCCGAGGACGCCAAGCCGCUCGCCUCCACGAUAGGGAGCAACGCUGAGCUGCUGUUCAGGCCGUCGCACGUGGACGGGUCUUUCUCCAACGGGAGCACGCCGGACGAGAACACGAUCCACCCGCUCACCUCUCCCUCCUCCGAUAACGACAACUAUGGGGAGAAGACCAAGCCCUUCCCCGUCCCCUCCAGCCAGGACAAGGACAACAUGAACAACAGUGAGAAGUGUGUGAAGAGCUGGAUGGAGGACUACGACUACGUGCACCUGCAGGGCAAAGAGGACUUUGAGCGUCAGCAGAAGGAGCUGCUGGAGAAAGAAAACAUCAUCAAACAGAGUCAAGUGCAGCUGGGACAAGAACAAAUCAAUCAGUUCAAGAAGCUGGAGCAGGAAGCGAUCAAACCCGUGGAGAACGACAUCACACAGUGGACGCCCCACCAGCACUUGCCUGUAACCUCCGCCCCAGUGGCCCCCGCCCCAGACUCUUCCCCCUCCACCCAUGUGUGCGCUCGCGACGGCCAGCUGCUCGGCUUCUACUCGGAUCAGUGCGAGCAGCACUUUGUCACGCUGCUCAGCGCCGUCGACGCCUUCUUCGGCUGCGUCAGCGCCGGGCAGCCCCCCCGCAUCUUCGUGGCGCACAGCAAGUUCGUCAUCCUCAGCGCCCACAAACUGGUCUUCAUCGGGGACACCCUGUCCAGGCAGGCCUCGGCCCCCGACGUGGCAAACAGGGUGAUGAACUCCAGCAACGUGCUGUGUGACUUGUUAAAGACGGUGGUGACCGCGACCAAGACGGCCGCCCUGAACUACCCGAACACGGUCGCCAUCCAGGAGAUGGUGGACAGAGUCACCGACCUAUCACAUCACUCGCAGCAGUUUAAAGAACAGUUGCUGCAAAUGGCUCAUUCAUGAUUUUAGACCAUGUUGCUCCUGUACAUUUGAAAACAGUCUCCAUCUGUACAUUAAUCUACCAUAAAUAUAUAUUUACAGCAUGCAUAUAUAUAUAUAUAUAUAUAUAUAUAUUAACAUACAUAUAUAUGUAUAUAUGCUCUUCAUCUUCAGCUUGUUUGGAUGUUGUAAAUAGUCUGUUGUGUACAUAUUUGCUCUAUUUUUGUGUAGAUUGUUUUAUAUUAUAUAUGUAGAUGCAGUGUUGGUGUCUCUGUAGGAUAUGUGGACAUUUUUCAUAACAUUCCUGUUGCGUAUUAAGAAGCACCUUAUGAGAUGUCCUGUUGUUGUUUUUGUUUUCACCUGUAACACGUUGUGGAUGUGUGUUACUGCUGAGUGUGACAGUAAAGAUCUCCUUGUAAAAUCACGUUUAAUGUCGAUGUGUGUGUGUGUGGAGAUUUCCACAAAGUAAAAGAUUGUUCUUAACCAUG